UAAUGUAAAAUUGAAUAGAAAGGAACAAAAAAUGCAUUAGAAACUGGACGUACAUUUGCAACAAUAUUUGCCGAUAUGGAUUUUCGACAAAAAUUAUUAGAUGUACAUGGUGAAGCUGAAUUUAAAGGAAUUUUGCUCAAACAUGCUCAAGAUUUAGCAUCAGAACAAAGUAAUCCAACACGUCGUAUGGGUAAUCAUGAACCGGAGGCUGAAUUUGAGGAGCCAAGAUGCCUUUUUGCACAAGGAUUAUAUGAUGAUCUAAGACGACGUACAUCACAUUAUUUAAGCGAUUAUGUUGAUGGUUUGGUUGGAAGAAAAACAAUCCAAAAAACAAUAUCAACCAUUUUUUUUCUUUAUUUUGCCUGUAUAUUACCGACAAUAGCCUUCGGUGUCCUUAAUAAUAAUAAUACAGCUGGAAAAAUUGGUGAUAUUCGUAAAGCAAUUAUUGGACAAACAAUUGGUGGAUUGUCAUUUGCAUUUCUUGGUGGUCAACCAUUGGUGAUUAUUAUGACAACAGCGCCUAUUUGUCUUUAUAUAAAAGUCAUCUAUAAUAUUUGUGAAGAUUUUCAAUUAGAUUUUCAUGCAAUGUAUGCUUGUGUUGGUUUAUGGAAUACAUUUUUUCUUGUACUUUAUGCUGUGUUUGAUUUAAGUAAAUUAAUGAAAUGGUGUACAAGAUCUACAGAGGAAAUAUUUUCAUUAUUUAUUAGUAUUGCCUUUGCUGUUGAUGCUGGUCGUGAUGUGGUUAAAAAUUUUCAAACACAUUAUUAUAGUCCAUUAUGUUUGAAUCAAUUGAAUCGUACUAGAAGUCGUGAACAUUUAUUACAAAAUUUUCGUCAACAAGCACAAAUAUUGGCUCAUUCAAAUUUACCAUUGGUUGUUGAAUCAAUAUUACCAUCAUUUUCAAAUUCAACCAUAACAACAACAACGGCUGCUGCGGCUGCUGCAGCUGCAGCUGCCAUUUCUAAUAGUGAUCUAUCAUCAUUGAAUUAUGGCCAAAAUAAUAAUAAUAGCGAUAUAAAUAAUAAUUAUCAUAAUUGGACUGAUCCAAUCUAUCAAAAUUCAUUUUUUUUAGGUCAUACAAAUAAUACAUUAUAUUCAACUAGAAACAAUCCAUAUAAUCAAAGUGUUCAAAGUAAUCAUCCAUCAAAUAUAAUAAAUUUAUCUGCUGCCAAUGUAUCAACACUAGCCACAACAUUAGCCUCAUUGAUUUGGUCACCCGAAGCAAAUCGUAUAUUACAUAAUUUAACUAGUGCAGCAUUAAAAUUAAUAUUUACUGAUCUACAUAUGUCUGAAGAUGGUAUUUGUCGUCGUGAAACAAGUUUACUUUUUUUAUUGCUCAUGCUUGGUACUGUUUGGAUGGCUGUUUCAUUGUUUAAUUUUAAUAAAACUCCUUAUCUACAAGCAAGUAAAAGAGAAUUAUUAGCCGAUUAUGCAUUACCAUGUUCAGUUAUUAUUCUUAGUUUUAUCGGUUCAUUUGUGUUUCGUGAUAUACCAGUCGAACAUUUUCGAUAUGAUGAAGAGCUACAAUUUAAACGUGCACGAUUAGAAGAUCUUCCAUGGACAGCAUUUGGUGCAUGUAUGGGUCUUGGUUUUUCUUUAUCACUUUUAUUCUUUAUGGAUCAAAAUAUAUCGGCUGCUAUGGUUAAUAAUCCAUGCAAUAAAUUGAAAAAAGGAUGUGCUUAUCAUUUGGAUUUAUUUGUUGUUGGUAUAUUGAAUGGUUUUCUUUCAUUAUAUGCAUUUCCAUGGAUGCAUGGUGUAUUACCACAUUCACCAUUACAUGUUCGAAGUUUAGCCGAUGUUGAAGAACGUGUUGAUCAAGGUCAUGUUUAUGAAAUUAUUGUUAAAGUUCGUGAAACACGUCUAACUGGAAUUGUAUCACAUAUAUUGAUUGGAUUAUCUGUAUUUUUAAUACCAUAUCCAAUGGCUUAUAUACCAACUGCCGUACUUGAUGGCCUUUUUCUUUAUAUGGCAAUAACUUCGCUCAGUGGCAAUCAAAUGUUUGAACGUAUUACAUUAUUAUUUAUGGAACAAGCAGCCUAUCCACCAAAUCAUUAUAUACGAAGAUGUCCACAAAGAAAAAUUCAUUUAUUUACAUUAUGUCAAAUGGUACAAUUAGGUUUAAUGUGUUUUUUUGGUUUUUCACCAUGGCCAUAUAUAAAAAUGGUUUUUCCGGUUAUCGUCAUACUUUUGUUACCAUUCAGACAUAAAAUAGUACCAAUUGUGAUCGACAAUAAAUAUCUAGAAGCACUUGAUGGUGAAAAUCAAUAGAAGAAGAAGAAAAAUAAAAAUGUAGACGAAUUUUACUUACAUAACAAACACUGAACACACAUCAAACACAAUGUAUACGAUUUAUGUAAUCAAUCAACUAAC